AUGUCCCACCACUGCCACGACGAACACGCCCACUCCCACUCCCACGGCGGAGACGACCACCACGACCACGACCACUCGGACGACAUCGCCCCCGCGCUGCAGUUCUCCCUCUACCAGCACAUUCACUUCGACCAGGUCACGGCGCUCAACGAGGCCGACCACGGCGCCGCCCGCGCCGUCGUGCGCAAGACGUGGGCCGAGCGGCUGAGGACGGAACCGGAGCUGGCGAGUGAUGUGGAUGAGCAGUUGUUGGUUAAUGUGCCGUUCACUGGGCAGGUCAAGCUGCACUCCAUCCUCCUGCGCACGUCGGACUCGGACUCGGCGCCCAAGACGAUGCGCGUCAUCAUCAAUCGCGACGACGUCGACUUUGGCGUGGCCGAGGAGACCAGCGGGACGCAGGAGUUUGAGCUGAGCCGCACGGGGGAGGUGCAGGAGUUGGCUGUGCGCCGGGCGCGGUUCAACGCCGUCCGCCGCCUGACGCUCUUCUUCCCUGACAAUUUCGGCGACGGGGAAGAGGACGUCACGCGGAUUUCGUAUCUGGGGUUCAAGGGGGAGUGGAUGCAGCUGGGGAGGGCACCGACAAAUAUCCUCUACGAGGCGGCAGCAAACCCAGGGGAUCACAAGAUCAAGGGGACGAGCGUGAAUCAGAUGGGGAGCGGGAUUGGAGGGCGGGGGCCGGGCGCCCCUUCCCACUGCUGGCGGCUGCUUGCCCUGCGCCCAUCCCCCGCAACGGCCACCACCACCCCCACCACAACCGCCGCCGCCGCCGCCGCCGUCACGACCCGAAAUCCCCUCCUCCUCCCGACCACACAAACCCGCACGGUCAAGACCGGCUGGUCGACCCUCCCCGCGCGAGCCAAGCCGCACCGGUUCAACCAGAUCACAUCCGGGCUGCCCGCCCCCACCGCGGGGCCCGCGGCGGCCCUCAAGCGCAAGGAGCGCACCACGCCGAUGCGGGCGGGCGUGCUCGCGGUCAAGAAGGGCAUGACGGUGUUCAUGGGGCGGACGGGGGCGCGGAUCGCGUGCACGGUGCUGCAGCUGGACCGGGUGCAGACGGUGCUCAACAAGACGCGCGACCGCCACGGCUACUGGGCCGUGCAGGUCGGCAUGGGCGAGCGCCACGCCUCGAACGUGGGCGCUCCGCUGCUCGGGUACUACGAGGCGAAGGGGAUCGCCCCCAAGGCCGAACUCGCAGAGUUCCGCGUGCGGGAUGAGUCUGGGUUGUUGCCCGUUGGGGUGCAGCUCAUGCCGGACUGGUUUCAUGUUGGGCAGCGGGUGGAUGUGCGGGGGAACUCGCGCGGGAAGGGGUUUGCCGGUGGUAUGAAGCGCCAUGGGUUCUCGGGUCAGGAGGCGAGUCACGGUAACUCCAAGAACCACCGCACGAUUGGUUCGGCCGGUCCCAGUCAGGGUAGCGGUUCGCGUGUGCUGCCGGGGAAGAAGAUGCCCGGGCGGAUGGGCGGGGAGCGGGUGACGGUGCAGAACCUGCCGGUGCUGAUCGCGGACAACGAGCUGGGGAUCCUGGUGGUGAAGGGGUGCGUGGCGGGGCCCAAGGGGUCGGUGAUCCAGGUCCAGGACGCGUGCAAGAAGGACCCGCCCCCGCAGACGUGGAUCGACAAGGCGAAGAAGACGCUGGAGGAGCGGUUCCCGGACGCCGAGGCGCAUCUGCAGGCCGCGCGGGAGCGCCAUCUGGAGCUGAAGGCGGCGAGGCGGGAGAAGAGGAUAGAGGAGAUGAUGGCCGAGGGCCGUGGGGGAAACACGCUCUACCUGUUUGUUCACUUCCUAAACCCCCUCGUCGCCGCGGCAGCCGGCUCCUCCUCCACCAAAUCCACCACCUCCGCCUCCCCCGCACCCGUCAUCGCCCGGAACGGAUCGCCAUCCUCCAACAAAUCAAUCACCACCCCGUCAUCCGUCUCCAAGCUCCACUCGGUCGUCUCGAACAUGCCCCGCGGCGAAGGGCGGGAGCUGGUGAACCUCAUGACGCCGCCGGCGCGGGUGCCCUUGACGCGGAAGGUGAUGUCGAUGCGGCCGUGCAGCUGGUUCAUCUCGCCCGAGAUCCAGGGGAUCUGCUGCGCGAAGUAG